UAUUCAACUGAAUGAUAUAAUUGAAAUAAAAACUUUUAGCACUCAUGAAGCAAUUUAUCUUCUCAAAAAAGCAUUUCAUGCCCUUUGGGCAUUUUUGUUUCUACAAGUUUUACAAGUUACCAAUGUAUUUUUUAUAGGAUAUCUGGGCUAUACAUCAGGAAACCCGAAAAUAGCUGGUAUUUACACACAACUACCAAUUAUAAUAAUGAUGCUUGGAUUCAUACCUAUAGAAAUUAUUUGGCUGGUAUCUGAAAAUAUUUGGAUUGAUUUGGGACAAGAUGCAGAAUUAUCACAUUAUGCACCACCAGCUCUUAUUUUUUGGUGCUUAGAAAAGUUUUUGCAGGGUCAAACAAGUCAUCGAUUAAUUCUUACAAUUGCACUGAUAUUAUAUCAGAUAUCACAUAGUUUAGCUGUAGCAGCUUCAAACAGUGUUAGUAAUUUAUUGGGUGCCGGUCUACCAAAUAGAGCGACAAUAGCUACAAAUACUUUACUCAUACUUGCUAUCAUGGGUGCCACAUGCAAUGCAAUG